GGAGGGGAGGGGCCAGGCGGCUCUCCCCGCCCAGCGCCGGCCCGGGCCCCCUCCCCGCUCGGCCCCGGAGGAGGGCGGGCCCAGGCGACUCCCCGGAUUGCGGGCUGCCGGCUCUGCGCCCCCGCCCGCCCGCCUGCCGGCUCCCGCGCCCCACGCCCCGCCCGCGGCCGCCACUCGGCCCUGCCGGCUCACCCUAGCUUGACUCCCCGCGAGGGCUGUGGGGAGGGGGCGAGGAGGAGGAGCCGAGGAGGAGCGACGGGGAGGAAGGAUCAGAAAAUGCUGUGUUGAGAGGCACCGCAGAGGUCAACUGGACCACCUCCCUUAGAUCUCCCUGAGGUUGUAGCCCUGCCCCACCCUGCAGCUGCCUUCAAGUCCCAGCACUGAUAGACUGAGUAGAAGUGGGAGUCACAGAAGAAGCUUGAGAACUCAGGACUGCAGAUUCAGAGACUGUGACAGGCUGUGGGAUGACUCUACCCCAGCCUCAGCCCAAGAGCCCUGGAAUUCCAGGACUUCACCUCCCAUCACCAACGAUGUGGCUGGCCACCUGAGACCACAGAUGGAGAAACUGAGGCUUCAAGGCAUGAGCUGCUUUCCCAAAGUCAUACAAAUGUUAAGUGCAGAAGUAGGAUCUGAAUUCCAGCAGUCUUACUCCAGCAACCAUACUGUGGAAGCCGGCGAUGCCUCCUUAAGCCCCGUCUGGGCUUGGAGAGGAUGUCCUCCCUGAUGGACCAGAGCAUGCCAGCCCCUGUGGCUGGUGUGGUAUUCCUACAGACUGUCUGGCAAGUUUUGCUUGCUCUGGUUUCUCACUAAAACAACCUUUGGAUUUGGCUUCCCAUGCGACUCACAUACAGGAAAAGAGGGCCAUGACCUGCCAACAUGACAGCUGUAUUUUUCACUAGUAACUUAAUAAACUGGCUGCCUGGGUUCACAUACGUAUCUGUUUCUGAGAGCUUGGUUAAGGUGAGCCCACCCCAGAGCUGAAGCCCACCACGUGCCAACUUAAUUGAGAUUCUGGGCAUGCAAGCAUAGCCCCCAGCUGAGGCCUCUGUGCCAAGGAAAUUCCUCUUGGCCUCCUUUUGGCUGGUUUGGCCCGCCUUCCCCAGUGACAGUCUGGCUCUUUGGAGUCAAGCUGCCUGGUCAAACUGUGAGGGUCUGCAGAAAGAAGGAAGCAACAGUGCCAGGUUCCAGUGCGUGUUCCAAGUUCCACAUUCUGCCUACAAACGCCCGGUGCCAGAGCAAAGGCUGGCCCUUGGCAGCGGACUGCUCAGAACGUGGAACUCUGGAGACACUCCUGAAACUCUGCCCUAAGUCAAAGGAACCAGAGAGUCCACCAGUUCUCCCUCCACCUCCCUUUCCAGGAGCAGCCAUGGCCCUGAGUGAUGUCAAUGUGCAGAAGCAGAUUAAGCACAUGAUGGCUUUCAUUGAGCAGGAAGCCAAUGAGAAGGCAGAAGAAAUAGAUGCCAAGGCUGAGGAAGAGUUCAACAUUGAGAAAGGACGCCUUGUGCAAACCCAACGACUGAAGAUUAUGGAGUAUUAUGAGAAGAAAGAGAAGCAGAUAGAGCAGCAGAAGAAAAUCCAGAUGUCUACCAUGAGGAAUCAGGCAAGGCUGAAAGUCCUGAGAGCCCGAAACGACCUCAUCUCAGAGUUGCUGAAUGAUGCAAAGCUGAGACUCAGCAGGAUUGUGGCAGACCCAGAAUUUUACCAGGGGCUGCUGGAUAAACUAGUGCUCCAGGGUCUGCUCCGACUGCUGGAGCCUGUGGUGAUUGUACGCUGCAGGCCACAGGACCUCCUCCUGGUGGAGGCUGCAGUGCAAAAAGCCAUCCCUCAAUACAUGACAGUCUCCCACAAACGUGUGGAAGUCCAAGUUGACAGAGAGGUGCAACUGGCUACAGAUGUGGCUGGAGGUGUGGAGGUCUACAGUGGUGAUCAGAGAAUAAUGGUUUGCAAUACUCUGGAAAGUCGACUGGAUCUCUUAUCCUGGCAAAAGAUGCCAGAAAUACGAAAGGCCUUGUUUGGAGCCAGUGCCAACAGGAAGUUCUUUAUAUAAGCCUCUAGGAAGUGAAGCUCAUGUUGAACUUCUAAGCCCCAAAAGCAUGAGUUAUUAGGACAAAGGAAACCAGUAAUAUCUCCUCUUUUUUGCUCUGGUAUUAGUCUAUCUUCAUGAAAUACGCUUUGACUAGCUAAAGGCAUUAUACUUUGGAAUAAAGCCUGACUUAAUGCUUA